AUGGAUACUGACAGAUUAGAUACAGAGAUUCCUCUUACUGCUAAUAAUAAAAAUUAAGAAGAUGAGCUGGAUCUGAGAGAAGGGGUUUAAGAAAUUUUCUCUGUUGAUCAUAAAUACCAAAAAUAGGGUAGUUAAAAGACUUCUACCAAUAAAGAAUCAUAAGAAUAGCUGGGAUCACAUGAAUAAACGAGUUCAAAAUCUAAAUAAAGCAAAAAAUAAAAUUAUAUAGAUACUUCAAUUAAAAAUAUAGGAUUAGAAUAUGGAGAUAAACAAAAGAUUUAAAAACUAGAUUCAAUAUCAAACUAAUCCUCUAAAUAAGAUCACUAACAAGAAGCUUCUAUGUUUAAUAUAUUUAUGAAAGGAAAUUUUAAAGAUCAUGAAAACCAUAAAAAUAAUUAGGAUUAAAUUAAUGAAAAUAAACAGGAACCAAUUUUUAAAAAUAAAUAUAAUAAUGAAGAUUUUAGAUUAAUUGAUUUAGACUAAAUAUAAAAUGAAGAUUUAACUACUGGAAGUCCUUAAUUUUAGAUGAAAAACAUGAAUUUUGAAAAUGAUGAAACAAAAAACGAAAACGAUGAACCCUCUGAAUUUGAUAUUCAGCAAUUCAAAAUUUAGGUGCAAAAAAAUUAGGGCAAUAACAAUAUAGACUAAUAAUCUCAAUUUAAUGAAAGUGAGUUUCUUGAGUAUGAUGGCAUAGAAAUAAAGAAAAUAGAAAUUCCUAAAAAAACACUUUAGAAGAGCGGGAUAGCUAGAUAUAUAGAAAACUCUUUAUUUAACAAAGGCUCUAACAGAGAAAGCCUUUAAGAAGAUAAAUUUUAAGACAAAAAUAGUACUACAAAAUCAGUCUAAUAAAAAACAAGUCUAGUGAAUGCAGAGAAAUGUAAAUAGGUGGAGUAUAUAAUAAAAGAGCCUGUAAAGACCUAAGCUAUUCAAAAUUCAAAAUAAUAACUUUUCUAAGAUUAGAAAACUAGCUAUUAGCAUAAUAUUUUAAAUAUGAAGAAUGAUAUUAAGGGUAAAAAUUUAAUGUAAAUAAAAUUAAACCUUCUUAAAGAAGAGAGUAAUGAAGACAAUAUAUCGAAUAACAUUAGAAAGAGUAGUUUAAGUGAAGAAAACUAGAAAAAUAAAUUUAUAAAGUAUAAGAAAAUAAAAUUAGUUAGAAAAAUGAUAAAAAUAUUUGAAAAAUACAAUAUAAUCAAAAGAUUUGUUAAUGUCCCUGCUUACUACUUUAGAUUCUUAGGGGAUAAGGCCAGUUUUUUUAAAUAAAAAAAUGAUGAUCAAAAUAUCAUUGAAAAGUUAAAAAAAAAGAUAGUCAAGUUUUAAAGCUUUGAUUAGGAGCAAGAAGAGAAAAUAAGCAGGCUUAUAUUGUUUUAAGAUAUAGCUUUCACUCAAAGUUUAUAACCAGAAUAAAAAUUUGAUACUAUAUUUACCUUGAUUCCUAGCAUACUAUUCUUAAUAGAUAUUUACAUUAAUUUUAACUUGGCUUUUUACUUAAAUGGUAAAUUGGUUGUAGAUAGACGCUAAAUAGCUUUGAACUAUUUUUUUGGAUAUUACUGGUUUGAUUUUAUAGCUCUUGCUCUUUAAAUUUCACUAGAUAAAAGUAUCCCUACAUUGAUUUAUCGUUUGUACCAAAUUAAAUUUGAGCUUGAAAGAUUGCUUUCUUCUUUUUAAAUUUAAGUAAAAUAUUACUAUUCUUAUAGAGUUAUAAGGCUCGUUAUGGAGUUAAUUUUGAGCUCACAUAUUCUGGCUUGUGUUUUCAUUUUAGCAGCAGCAUAUUCGCCAUCAGAUGAUAAUUGGAUAUAUUCAAACAAUCUUUAAAAUUAGCCUAAUAAAAUCAUCUAUCUAAAUUCUCUGUAUUACAUAGUAGUUACUGUAGCCACAAUUGGAUAUGGAGAUAUUCACCCUGUUUCUAGUACAGAAAAAAUGUUUUUAAUUUUUAUAGCCUUUAUAACAACAGGUCUAUUCGCAUAUAACGUUUCAACAAUCAGCUCUAUUGUUAAUGAUAUCGUUAGAAAGAAGUUAUAAACAAAGAGACAGAUUUUAGGUCUUACUUAGUACAUGACUGAGCGUAAUAUUAGCAGAUAAGUUUAAAAUUAAAUACUUGAACAAUUAUACUACAACAUGAAAACUGAAAAAAGCUCCUCUACUAUAAUAGAUAAAUGCCUUUAACAUGUCUCUGAGAAUUUAAAAGGGUCUUUGUUUAAUGAAUAUUUUGGAAAUAUUUUAGAUACAAAUAAAUACUUUAAAAGAAAGUUUUCAAAGCAAUUUUUAAAAAGUAUCAUACCUAAAUUCAAGGAAGAAGUAUAUUCGCCUGGUGAAACACUAUUUGCUUAAGGUGAUACAUAAUAGAAGCUUAUCUACUUAAGAAAAGGAGAAGUUGUUCUUUACUUAACGCAGUGCGAUCCUGUUCCUAUUGUUUAAGAAUAUAAGGAAAAUAAUUGGAUUGGAUAUGAAGAUUUUUUUACUGGAGCACCUAAAAAUUGUAAUGCUAAAUGUAAAGACUUUGUAAAUAUUGUUUACAUAACUAGGAGUGACUUUUUAGAAGUAAUUUCAUCAUUUCCAAAAGACAAAGAGAAAUUUUGUAUGAUUAAAGAUAAAAUUCUUUUUUCAAAUAUUCCAAUAAAAUAAUCCUGUAACAUUUGUCAUUCAAUCUUUCAUCAAAUUCAUUCUUGCCCUUAUGUCCACUAUGGCAAAAAAAAAGAGUAUGUUAUUAGUAAAAGUAUUUACUAGCUUAUAAGCAAAAGAGAACCUUAUGAAAAAAGAAGAAAUUAUAAGUAAAACUCUUUAUUUAAAAACGAAGAAGUAAGAUAUCAAUUAAAAAACAUUCGUAUGUAAUUACUUAUUAUGGCUAAUGGAAUAAAUACCUAAGAAUUUUAAGCAAAAAUUAAUGAGUAAGAUAGUAUUUUAGAAAAUUGUAAUUUAAGUUUAGCAAAUUAUUUAGAAAAUAACAAAUUAACAGAAUUGAUAAACAAUUAAAGCAAAAAAAAUGCUAAUAAAAGUUAAAUUUCUAAUAUCGCUGAUGCAUCUGGUACAAAAGGAGAACAAUAAGAAUGCCCUCUUGAAUGUGUAGAAGAAACUGAACAGCUACCAGAAUGCUUUACGAAAUUCAAAGUUUAAAAAAAUUAAAGUUAAAUGAAUUAAAAAAGUGAUGAAUCAGACUAAAUUUGUCCUGAAGAAAUAGUAUCUCCUGUUUCAAUUCGAAAGACUAAUAAUUCUUUUAAAAUAGAUGCUAGUAUAGAUUAAAAAGGUCCUCAAUAAAUUUAAACUGAAACGUCAAUUAUGUAAAAUUAAAGUGAAGUAAGAACAUUAGGUAACGAAAAAGAGAAGCAAUAGAUGUAAGUUAGUAGUAAAAAGAGAAUAUUCUAUUAAAUUUCAUUAAAUAAUGAGCAUAAAGAAAAGAAAUAAGAACAAGAAAAAUAAAUAGAAGAAGAAAUAAAUUCAUACAAGUAAAUUAAAAAAUAAAAAAAGAAACAAUUAAUUUAUUUUGAUAAAAAUAAAAAUCCAUACAAAAUACUACCAUCAUAACUAGAAUCAGAUAAAGAAUUUUUUUAGAAGUAUAAUACAAUAAGAUGGCAAGAUAACGAAAUUUAUGUUAGUGAUAAUGAAGAAGAUAUCAUUCCUUCUUAUUCAUCGUUUACUUAGAUUGACUAAGAUAUAGAAGGGAAUUAAAGCAUAGGUGCUAAUUUGAGUAUUUAAACAAGUGCAUUUAAAAAUAAAAUAUACGGAUAGCAACUUUAAUAUUCUGAUGGCUAAGGAUAUAAUUUAAAUAUAAUAAACGAAGAAAUAAACUAAGAGGACUUAGGAGAUUUAGAAACAAGUAUAUUGCCUUUCGGCUUAGUAAAAUAGAGACCCAAUCAAUCAUAAUUGUUAAAUUAGAUAUUACAAAAAGUUGAUAAUAUAAAAGCCUAAUAAGAGUAGCUAAGAAAAGAAUAGCAAAUGAAAGAUUAACAUAUUGAAUCAAAGAUUAGGAAUACUAUUUAACGUACAUUAACAUUCUCGUUAAAAAACAUAGCUAAUGUUGCAGAUGAUAAUUAACAAAGUGAAUCAUCUGCUAAAUUUUUGGAUAUUAUGAGUUUUGGUUAAAGAAAGACAGAUGAAAUUGAGGAAGUUAAUGAAGUAGAAAAAAUUAUUAAAAAAAUCCCUCGUAUUUAGUCAGAAAUACAGUAGCCAAAUAUGUAGCAAAGUAAUUUAAUUAAAUUUAAGGAUAACUAAAAUAACUAAAUCCUUUAGUCUUCCUAAGUAAAUGUGGAAAUGAAAAACACGUUAAAGUAAGAUAUGGCAUAAAUUGUAUAAAAUGUAAUGUAGAAUAGUAAAUAAAUAUCAUUUACAAGCAACUAGUAAAAGUAAUUUGAUUAAAAAGAAAUAAAUAAUAAGUUAUUAGAUAUUUAAUAUCAAAAUAAGUAAGCAAUGCAAAUCUAUUAAGAAAAAAAAUUAAAAGAGAAAUUUGAAUUAUAAUUCUUUUUGGCUUUUGAAAGAUAAAAUAAUUGGAAAACUUAUUUUCCCACUUAGAAUCUAAGUUACAUAACAUAAAAAAUAAUUUGUAAAUAAAAAAUAUUAGAAAAUUCUCAAAUUCUAUACAAAAAUAUGAAUCAAAAAAAAAGUAAAUUUAGGAGAUUAUCUGAGCUUGUCUAGCAAAACAAAGAUAAAAAAGCUAGUGAAAAAUCUAGCUUAAAGAUAAAAUUACAAGUACCUCAACCCUAAAAAUAUAAAAAAUGA